UGUCAUGUGUCCUCAACUCCGAUUAUAACGAGAACGCGGCUGUCGAGCACUCGCUUUACGGGACCCACCAGCACCAUGUCAGACCUUCCCUCUGCCAUCCACCCCGACAUUCUUCCCCGCCUCGACCCCGAAUACGUCGCGAUCCACAAUGCCCAAAUAGCACAUCGCGUGCCCCUGCACACAAUCCCCUGGCAUCCGGAUAUCAGGAAGGCACCACACGUCCCCGGUGGCUCGCCUGUCAGAACGGUGGGGGCUGUCAAGGAUAUCAGUCUGCAGAACUGCAAGAUUCGGGCUUUCAUACCCGAAGGAACCCCUCCUCAAGAAGGGUGGCCGGUGUUAUUAUUUAUUCAUGGAGGUGGAUGGACGCUUGGGGAUAUCGACACCUCGAACUCGUUCAUAUCACGUCAAUGUAAAGAGAACAACUGCGUUUCAGUAGCCGUGGACUAUCGCUUGGCCCCUGAGAACCCAUAUCCUGCAGCAGUUGAGGACACGAUUGAUGCAUUGAAAUUCAUCUAUUACAGCGGGAAGGCAGAGUUCAAUGCGAAUGUGAACAAAAUCGCGGUUGGAGGGUCGUCCAGGUGCCUGCAAUCAGCAUGUCUCAAGGCGCAAGAACUAAACGCCUCCAAUCCCCAUCAUCUUCCAGCUAUUAAUUUAAUCGACAACACGGCAUCCGUCACUGACGAGAGAUACCCGUCUUGGAAAGAGUGCCAGAACACCGUUUUGUUGAGCGAAGGGCGGAUGAUGUGGUUCCGCAACAUGUACCUUCCUGAUCCUGCGACCUGGACAGAGCCAGACAACUCGCCCAUCUUCGCGUCGGAUGCUUUGCUUGCCAAAGUCCCGCCUGCAUACAUUGGUGUCUGCGAAGUCGAUAUUCUGCAGGAUGAAGGAAUCGCAUAUGGCGAGAAGUUAAAGUCGCUUGGGGUGAAGGUAGAAGUAAAGAUAUAUCCAAGAGCACCACAUUCGAUUCUUGGGAUGGAUGCUGCACUGAAGGUUGGGAGGCAGCUAGCUGACGACUCCGUCAAGGCUGUGGGUGAUGCUUUCAAAGCGGCAUAG